GUUCUGAAUAACCACCUACACUGAAAUGAAACCAAUAUUGCUGUUCAUAUUUGUAACUUUCCAAAUAACGUUGUGCUAUUCGUUUUUCGACAUAGAAGAGAUAAUUGCUAACAAGCUGACACGGCUGCCGAAGGAUUUUGCUGUGGCCAUUAAAGAUAUAGCCCAAGGUUUACCAAGUAACACGAUAAAUGUCGUGAGAGGCAAUUCAACAAAUUUAAGAUCCAAUGAUAUUUUCGAGCUGCUUUGUAUUCUGAGCGAGCACAACAUCCAGGUUCUCAACUUGCAUAUGAAAACUAAGGACAAUAAAGCGAUGUUUUACAGUUAUUUGAAAAAGGCCUUGGAUAUAUCUGAAGAGAGAACCAGUCUUAUACUAUGUGAACCUUACGAGUGUGAAAUUAUUCUGCAAGAGCUGACAGACAACAACUUGAUCCACCGCACCAUAACCUACCUGUUCUUCUGGGCAUCGCGCGUUGUGAGCCAGGAGUUCCGCUCCAGCAUGAGAGAAGCCAUGAGGGUGGCCGUCAUCACCAACCCGAGGGAGAGCGUAUUCAGAGUGUACUACAACCAGGCGUCUCCAAACCAGCUGAACCACCUGUCUCUGGUGAACUGGUGGGCGGGGAGGCUGUAUAAGUCCCCGGUGCUGCCUCCCGCCGACCGCGUCUACCACAACUUCAAGGGACGAGUGUUUGAUGUUCCGGUUUUGCAUGCUCCUCCAUGGCACUUUGUGAAAUACAACAACGACUCCACGAUCAACGUGACUGGAGGAAGAGAUGAUAAACUGUUGGCGUUGAUAGCCAAUAAGCUGAAUUUUAGAUAUAAAUACUACGACCCUCCGGAAAGAAGCCAGGGCUCCAGCAUUUCCGGUAAUGGCACUUUCAAGGGAACACUGGGUUUGAUUUGGAAACGAAAAGCGGACUUCUUCAUCGGUGACGUGACGAUGACGUGGGAGCGGCUGCAGGCAGUAGAGUUCUCGUUCCUGACGCUGGCCGACUCCGGGGCUUUCCUCACGCAUGCGCCGGCCAAGCUCAGUGAGACGCUGGCCAUCAUUAGACCUUUUCAGUGGGAGGUAUGGCCUCUGCUGUUAGCCACUCUAAUAGUGUCGGGCCCAGCGCUGUGGGUGGUGAUCGCGGCUCCCUCGCUGUGGCAGAAACGGAAGGACCAGAACCUGCUGACACUCUUGAAGAACUGUUGCUGGUUUACCACCACUCUGUUUUUGAGGCAAUCAUCCAGCAAAGAGCCGUCAAAAACCCACAAAGCUCGCCUAGUCUCGGUCCUGGUGUCCCUCGGAGCUACUUAUGUGAUCGGAGAUAUGUAUUCGGCUAAUAUGACCAGUUUGCUGGCGAGGCCCGCUAGAGAACAGCCAAUCGGCACCCUGCAGGCCUUGGAGGAGGCCAUGAGAGACCGCGAGUAUGAGCUGGUGGUUGAACGACAUAGCUCUUCGCUUGCUAUAUUGCAGAACGGGACAGGUGUAUACGGGCGUCUCGCUCGGCUGAUGCGUCGACAGCGUGUGCAGCGCGUGCGCAGCGUGGAAGUGGGCGUGAGGCUGGUGCUUUCUAGAAGGAAGGUGGCGGUGCUUGGCGGCCGCGAGACUCUGUACUACGAUACGGAGCGGUUCGGUUCACACAAUUUCCAUAUGAGUGAGAAACUCUAUACGCGGUAUGCUGCAAUUGCUCUACAAACAGGGUCUCCUUACUUGGAAACGUUUAAUAACGUGAUAAUGACCCUUUUCGAAGCUGGGAUCCUUUCGAAGAUGACCACAGAUGAGUACAAGAACCUUCCAGAAUAUUCUAGAAGGUCAGAUCCGGUGACGGACAGUGAUCGAGACCCUGGGGAUGUCGACUCCAGUGCACAGUCAAGCGUACAGCCGGAAUCUUCCCGUGGUUUGGAGCCGGUGACUCUGCGGAUGCUGCGAGGUGCCUUCUGUCUACUCGGUAUCGGUCAUGGAUUGGCAUUGAUAGCCCUGAUCACAGAGAUCCACUGCUACCGGCGAGCGCAGAAGCGGUCGGUACUGGCGGAGCUGCAGAACACAAAGAGUCCCGACGUGGUGGCGGUGGCCCGGGCCAAGAUCAUCAUGAGGCGGGCCGUGCGACGUGCCACCAGGGUUGUUGCCGUCAACUUGGAUAGGGCUUUUGGGCCUUCGUGUUGAACAUUGGAUUGUAAAAGCUGUUGUAUUAAUUUUAUUCUUAGUAACACGUCUCAAGUUUCACUUUUAUAUGUUGUUAUUAUGUAUUAAUAUAGCUAUGUACGUCCAGCGCGUCCUGCGUAGGCAAUGACUACUAGUCAUGCAGUGACUAAUGCUAUUCUAAUGGGCUAAUUCUUUUCCCCCGGUAACAUACCAUUAGUUUAUUAAUUUUUAUGGACAUACCCUAGUCCAGACUAGACGUAGACUAGAUUUCUCGUUUUAAAUAUUUCUAAAUCUUAAAACCUUGAAUGCAUCAUAUCCGCAUGUCAACGUUUUUUUUAAUUAAUGUUUGAUAUUGUCUGUUCUACUAUUUUAAUGGCGAAACAAAAUGUUCGUAACAAUUAAUUUCGCAGGCCAUUUUUUUACACCUCACCAUUGAAGCGGACAGCUAUGGCAAAUAAAAACAAUCAUUUAGGUAAAAAAGGGCUUUGCGCAGUAAAUCAUGUGCGAACCAGUUUAUUUGUUUGCAUACGUUCCGCUUUGUUUAUUCAAAACCCGAAAAUAUAGCUGUCGGCGAGUGUUUUGAAAAAAGGCACUAGAAAAGCGUGCAAAAGUUACCCCGCGUUUUGUUUCGCACGCUUUUAAACGAAACUUGCUUUUUCCGCUUUGGCCGGAACUGUUUUUUUUUCUUUUGCGCUGUUUUGGUGACAAGCUCACCGUUUAACUAGAGGCAGUAACUUUUGAUUUGCUGCUGUUUUAAUAUCAUAGUUUGUAAAGAGUCAGGUAAAUAAAGGCAACGCUUGGCCAACUUGGAGUUUUCUUUUACG